AUGUAUAACCAGAAUCUGAUUUACAAGUUCACCUUAGAACAUGAAAGAUUAAGACUCAUCCUACAAGCAUCCCUUGCUAAGUGUUUCCUGAGCAAAGGAAGUACUUCACGAGUGAGGAAAGAUGAUACCCUUUUCUUCUUCUUCGGAAAAUGUGAUUGGUUCCCAUUCGAUCCGUCAAAUCUUGCUAUAGCGUCUUUCAGUGAGGCUGAGAACCUGUGGGUGCCAGCUGUUGAAUGCUUGGAGUUAGACAAUUUUGUGAAGGGAAUUGCACGAUUCAGUGUCGUGGCCAUUCUUUGGUAUCAGCUGAUUUUCGUUUACCAGGACGUACUCGUAGGUCGUGUUGAGGAGGGUAAAUACCUCGACUUGCCGAUCCUUCGUGUUCUUGAAAUUGAGUUGGCCUUCGGAGUCCUUGCCACAUUUGUUCCCGUCCUACUGACCCUGAAAACUAUCCCUCCUCUUUCCUCCCGCGAAAGGGGUGGACACCGGGGGUGUCGUUCGGAAGGGGGUGGGGCAUUUGUCUGGGUGGUUGGAAAGCGGUCGUGGGCUCGAUCGAUAGAUGCCGAUUGA